AUGGGUAAAACAGACAUAAUCUCCGGAGCGGCGGAAAUCGUCAAAACCAUUUUAGAAGCGCUCCAGAGGAAGAAUGAUGAAGACCACGCAAAAGAAAGAGAUUUCACUCAGUCUACAGUUCAAAAUCUCCGCGUCAAGUACCCUUACUACAAUGUUAUGGUAAUUCAUACCAAACAUCAACGCAACUUCGUCGACGAAGCACACAACCACCUGGAGUUGCCAAUUUCGAACAAGCGAACACAAGGAUACGAAGUGUAUGUUUUUGAAUCUGGAAGUUUCACUCUCCAAGGUAAUAGUGGAUUUGAGAACUGGGCAUUUGGGGGCAGCUUCAACAGAGACGGCAAUAAUGUCACAUUCCAGAAGAUUCCAGCACCUCAAUCGUUUCCACCGGUUCAGGCACCUCCUCCACCUGCGAUCUUGCCACCCAAGCCUACCCGAACCCAUGCUGAUGGAAUGUACCUCGUCAAUUGUCAGCGCGGAAACGAGUACUCCAGUGGCGUAGCUUAUUACAAGAAUCUCCACGACGGUGGAAAUACUGGACGAAAGCCUGAUGAUUACAUAGAUGUUGUAAAGGGAAGAAACGUCAACUGGGAGAAACCAGGAAGUGUAAGUUUCAAGAACGGCACGAAGUUCCGAUGGGGGAUCAUUGCUGAUGCCCAGAGCAAGGCGGACACGACCCGUGUUGGCUUUGCUGACAAUGGUUAUGGCGUGUACGCUCUGUACAAGGACAACAAGAAUGUUCUCUACAAUAUUGAUGGAUGGAACUGCCAUGCGAUCUAUUGGGGUUACUAAACACUGGCUUAGACGCUCCAGGAAAGCUUCAUGGG